AAAAGAUGAGCGAAAAGUAAAGUGUAAAGCAAUACAUCUAAGGGAAAUUGGAUCUUCUUGAAUUUAUGAUUGCUGAAAAAUAAGCAAAUGUGAAGAGACAGGAAGCAUAGAGAAACGAGUUAAAUAGUUUGGGUAAUUUUGAAUUUGUUAUUAGAGUGAGGUAAGUUAAGGAGGAAUUGUAAGCCAUGCAGGAGCCUCAUUCUUAUGUUGGUGAUGUUGUCAAAUAGAUGGGGAAAGAUAAAGUCUUAGUGAAAGUGAAUCCAGAAGGGAAAUAUGUUGUUACAUUAGACAAGUCCAUUAAGAUUGAAGAUUGCAAACCUAAUACCAGAGUUGCCUUGAAGAGUGAUUCAUAUGUUUUGCAUAAGAUUCUACCAACAAAGGUGGAUCCUUUAGUUUCAUUGAUGAAAGUGGAAAAGGUGCCGGAUUCAACCUAUGACAUGAUUGGUGGUUUGGACCAAUAAGUAAAGGAAGUUAAGGAGGUCAUUGAAUUACCUAUCAAACAUCCAGAAAUAUUUGAAAGUCUGGGAAUUGCUUAACCAAAAGGUGUAUUAUUAUAUGGACCACCAGGGACCGGAAAGACCUUAUUGGCUAGAGCCAUUGCACAUCAUACUGUAUUGAAUUAUAUUAAUGCUUAGGAUUGCACAUUUAUUAGAGUAAGUGGAUCAGAGUUGGUACAAAAGUAUAUUGGAGAAGGAGCUAGAAUGGUCAGAGAAUUGUUUGUUAUGGCUCGUCAGCAUUCACCAUGCUUAAUCUUUAUUGAUGAAGUAGAUUCAAUUGGAGGGGCUAGAAUGGAAGGAGAAAGAGGCGGAGAUUCAGAAGUGUAAAGAACCAUGUUGGAAUUAUUGAAUUAAGUAAAUUUACCUAUGUAUUUAGCUUGAUGGCUUUGAAUCAACUCAGACAAUCAAAAUUAUUAUGGCUACCAAUAGAAUUGAUAUAUUGGACUCAGCUCUAUUAAGACCUGGAAGAAUUGAUAGGAAGGUUGAAUUUCCUAAUCCAGGAGUUGAUGCCAGAUUGGAGAUCUUAAAAAUUCAUUCAAAAAAGAUGAAUCUCAUGAGGGGAAUCGAUUUAAGAAAGAUUGCAGAAGUGAUGCCAGGUGCUUCUGGUGCUGAAUCUAAGGCAGUUUGCACAGAAGCUGGGAUGUUUGCAUUAAGAGAACGAAGGAUCCAUGUCACAUAAGAGGACUUCGAGAUGUCAGUGGCUAAGGUUAUGAAAAAGGAUAUUGAGAAGAAUAUGGCUAUCAAUAAAAUGCUUAAGUGACUUAUGU